AUGAAGCGCCGGGUGGUGGACGGCGACGCACGCAAGCGACUGGGCGCGUACGAGAAGCACUCGGAGAUUGGACGGGGCACGUAUGGUACCGUGUACCUCGGCUACCAUGCCGACUCGCGCGCGCCUGUAGCGAUCAAGAAGGUGCUGGGGCCACUAAAAGAAGCACGACACGAGGCCGAAAUGCUCGCCAAGUGUCGGGGCGCGGCGCACGUGGUACAGCUCUUGGAAGCUGUGGAGCGUCGGGGGAAGCUGUACCUGGUUAUGGAAUAUCUGGACAGCGACCUUGAGACGCUGAUUAGUGCGACGGAGAGUGUGCCGACGUUGGAGAUCGCGCAAGUGAAGGCGAACUUGAAGAUGCUGCUGCUUGGGGUGCACGAGCUGCACGCGAGAGGGAUUCUCCAUCGAGAUUUAAAGCCCAACAAUCUGUUGCUGUCCAAGACGCUGCGAUGUGCCAAGAUCACGGACUUUGGCAUGGCGACCUUGAUUGAUCCAGCAGGUGCAGAUGAAGAUCAAGGAAGUACGGACGCCAGGGCUAACAUAGAGGAGAAGGUGAACCCCAAGCGGUCGGUGCAAGUUGUUACGCGGGCGUAUCGGCCACCCGAGAUCUUUUUUGGUGAAGAGCGAUAUGGCUGGGAAGUCGACAUGUGGUCGGUAGGCUGCAUCUUUGCCGAGAUGUUGCUGCGUCGUCCGUUGGCGGAUGGGUCCUCGGACAUUGACCAGCUGAGCAAGAUUUUCGCUGCGUUGGGAUCUCCAACUGAGAACGGAUGGAGCGAAGCAAGUCAGCUGCCGUUUUACCUCCGGUUUAAGGACACGAACCCGACACCGCUAGCCGAGCAAUUUUCAAUGCUGUCAGCUGCUGGCGUCGAUCUACUGUCUCAAUUGCUGCAGCUCGAUCCAAAGAAACGUAUCUCAGCGUCCAAGGCACUCCAGCAUGAGUUCUUCAGCGAAGAUCCCGAGCCCGCAGCUCCGUCCGAUCUCAUUGUCGUUGACGUUCCUGACCGUGUAGAGUCAUCAGCUAUCGAAAGUGGCACCGCCGAUGUCGUCGUCACGUCCGACGCAAGCCAUACAUUUAUGAUCAAAAAAGGGCGACGCCUUUUGUAG